UCCUCAACCUUGGCAUCAAGUGUUCUUAAAUAAUUAAUUAUUUCCUUUAUUGCUUUAGGUAUUUCUGGGAAAAGCCAGCUUCUGUUUGCACUGGUCUUCACUACCCGCUAUCUGGACCUCUUCACUUCAUUCAUUUCAUUGUAUAACACAUCUAUGAAGCUUAUCUACAUUGCUUGCUCAUACGCAACCGUGUACCUGAUCUACAUGAAAUUUAAGGCCACCUAUGAUGGAAACCAUGAUACGUUCAGGGUGGAGUUUCUGAUAGUUCCUGUUGGUGGACUCUCAUUUCUUGUCAAUCAUGACUUCUCUCCUCUGGAGAUAUUGUGGACUUUCUCCAUCUACCUUGAAUCUGUCGCCAUUCUCCCCCAGCUCUUUAUGAUCAGCAAAACUGGGGAAGCGGAGACCAUCACUACUCACUACCUUUUCUUCCUGGGUCUGUACCGUGCCUUGUACUUGGUCAACUGGAUUUGGCGCUACUAUUUUGAGGGAUUUUUUGACCUCAUAGCGGUUGUUGCUGGUGUGGUCCAGACUGUUCUUUACUGUGACUUCUUCUAUUUGUAUGUUACAAAAGUACUCAAGGGAAAGAAGCUCAGUUUGCCAGCGUAAGUGCCAAAAAACAUCACCAGCAUCUGUCCUUUUGGAUGCUUGGACAGAACAAUCCUUAUCACAAGCAAAGGUGAAGAUGCUUGAGACAGAAAGUCAGAAACACAGCUCUUUAUAGUGCAGGUAGUCAUCAGCGGCUCUGUAAGAACGGAGGAAAAACAACCAGCAGAUUUCUGUUUGAUGCAUCUUGCCUUUAUCUUUUUUAUUACUAUGUAUAAAGAUUUUUUACAUAAAGAAACUUAUACUGUAUUAAUAAAUUCAGUGUAUGGUUUCAAUUGGAAUAAUUCCAAAAGUGAGAUUUUUGUGAGAUUGUUUAUGACCAGGAAAAAAGUGCAAACUUUUUCUUAAUUUUCAAGAAUUUCUUUGAAAUUACUGAUUUUUUUUUUUUUUUUUUU